UUUGCCUUUUGACGUUCAGUUCGUUACAGGCAACGCGGCAGCAAGUUAGUUGCGCAUCUUUAAACGUAUUUAAAUAAUAUUUAUACGAAAAUAACGCCAUAAAUCGUUAAGCCAGCCACACUUAACUUAAACUUAACUUAAAAGCCAAAGUCAAAGUCAAAAGCAAUACAAACCAUAAAAAAUGGCCGAAGAUCCAUUGAAUCAGCGCGCAUUUGCCGAAGAUGUGGCCGCUGCCGCCGCGGCUGGCGGUGAUCAGGGUUUCGCCUUGCCCCCAGGCGCUAGUCCUGGUGCGGCUGACUUCCAAAUGCCCAGCGCUGAUGAGAUAUGGAAAAUGAUUGAGUCCAUGGACGGCAUUACAGAUGAUGAACGCGCCGAGCUGCGCGAAAGCAUUUUUAAUCCAAAGCCACCAUCGCCAGAUGAUUUUAUGAAAUAUGGACAUCCGGGCCACAGCUCGAGAGAGUAUCUAAUAUUCUUUGUGAUGAUAGCGCUCAUAUUGAUAGUCUUCGCUCUCUUCGGCUUCAAGCUCUAUAAAUCGCUGACUGAGAAGGAGCUCAAGAAACAGGAGAAGCUCAAGAGCAAACAGCAGAAGAAAAUCAAGAAAUCGAACUAAGCGACCGCUCUCUAUAUAUCAUCUCCUUGUCUUUAUAUAUAAAUAUAGUGAAAACAAUUAUAUAGCUACAUACCGCAAUAAUUGUUCAUUUUGAAAUUUAUAUUAAAUUGCAAAAGUUUUGUUUUAAAUGGUAAAAAAACCUCAAAUAAAAGUUGCCUGUAAAUGAAAAUCA